AUGGGGGAAUAUAACCAACCUGCCAACGACAGUCCAGUGCCAUUUGCCCAGCGCCCAAUCAUCAUUCUCGGUGCCGGCAUCAUCGGAUGUGCCGCGGCACGCCAGCUGCUGCUGCAGGGCUUUGAUGUUACCUUGGUUGCUGAAUUCCUGCCCGGGGAUCAAGAUAUUCGUUAUGCAUCGGCCUGGGCGGGGGCUGCCUGGCAUGCGGCAGGGGGCAUCUCCCCCGAUCAGCGCUACCUCCAGGCUGUGACCCAUCGCAUCCUGCUCAAGAUGGCCCUGGAGCCAGAGACAGGAGUCAGUUUAGUUGACGCUCGAGAGUAUCUUGAACAACAACCGACCCCUGAUUCCGCCCUCUGGGGAAAGACCGUGGUGUCUAGGUUUCGCAACUUGUCUCCGGGGGAAUAUCCAUCAGAAUUUGCCUGUGCUUGGGCAUAUCAGACGCUUGUCACCGAUCCCACCCGACACAUGCCAUAUCUGAAGCAACAAAUCCUGAAACUAGGCGGCCGUUUCAUCCGCCACAAAGUCGACUCCCUGCAGGAGUUGUACGGCAUGUUCCCGGACUCAGGAGUCUUCAUCAACGCCAGUGGCCUGGGCAGUAAGACCCUGGCAGAUGUCCGGGAUGACCGUUGUUUUCCCGAACGGGGCCAGAAUGUGUUUUUGAGAACUGAUCAAUGUCGAACUAUGUACUUUCGCAAUGGGCAAGAGUACACCUACGUGAUCCCCCGGCCAUAUUCCGGGGGUGUGGUAUUGGGCGGCGUCAAACAACAAGAGAAUCUAUCUCCCGAUGUUGAUUUCGAGAUUGCUCGAGACGAAAUCGCCCGCGCACACCGAUUGGCCCCCGAGAUUGUCCCUGCGAACCCACCCGAAAGCGCCAUCAGCCACAUCAUUGGCAUUCGCCCAUCUCGAAAAGGUGGGUUCCGCCUCGACUCAGAGGUGCAUGGAUCCCGAACUCUUCUCUCGGCAUACGGUUUUGGAGGUGGUGGAUAUGCGUUUUCUUAUGGUGUUGCAGAGGCGCUGGUCCGGAUGGUAGAGCAGGCUGAACGCGAUAAUGUCAUUUUGUAG